AUGUCUCACUAUGCUCUUCGGGGUCAGAUUAUGGCAUACUGCAAUAGUCUGAGAGCCCUGCUGGAAGAUUUCCCUACCAUCAGAGAUACAUUUUUCAUGGUGGGGCAACCACAAGAAAAGAAAGGGUUGAGAGACUCCAAGGAGGGCCUCAAGACUGACCCCAGGAGUUUUCGGGCCCGGCCGCGGGGUUUGCUGUCUGCUGACGGGAAAGUCUUCCUCAAUUUAUGGUUCCUGCCCCAUCCCUCUGAAGUGCUGGUUAUGUUCAAAACUCUGCCAGAAGAGGCAGCUUUCCAAGCCUUACAGCUAACUCUACAGCUGAUAGCCUCUCUCCAUGACAUUGUGGCCUACCUUUUCAGUUUUGCUCAACUUGGAAAUUGUCCAACAUGUUUUGAAUUUCCUCUAAGCGCUAACCCCCUGAAAGGCGACUGGGGAGGAACUGAGGGCAUUGGGUCUGAGCUGCAGGAGCUGCAGAAAAUGAUUGACAACCUCCAGAGCCCCCAGGACCCUACCCAGGUGUCCCAGGCACUCCUCCUUCGAAGGGAGGUUAUAUUUUUGCAGUUUGACGCCGCAGUGAGACACCUUAUCCGAAGAACAUUCUUGGCCUCGGGAAACGCUCCUGCCUACCAGUCUGUCACAGAUGGCAUGUACCACGGAUUGCCCCCGCUGAGCAGCUCUCUUGUGAAGAGCAUUUUUGCUUCACAGCUCAGCCUGCCCCAGCCACUGGAUCCACGGAGCCUCCAGCAACAAGACAAUUAUUCUUGGCCCAAGCCUUGA